AUGGAUUCUAUCAUCAAUUCACUUCUCAACUGCAUCUGGCCAACAGCGCAAUCAUACUAUCACUUGUCUCAACAUGAGUCAGGCGAACCUGGUCAGUCUCCUGCUCUUACCAAUAAUGCUCCUUCUAACAUGUCCACAGGCCAACUGCCCCUAAACAUAUUCGGAAACAGCCAUCCUCGAAAGCCUGGUCGCGUCGUCUUGAAAUUUGCGUCAAUUACCAAGGACUUCAGGAACGACACAUUCACCCUUGACCUGGACGAAGGCUGGAUUGCUGUGCUUGACAUCGACGCCAAAGAUAUCAUUGGGUUGAUGCAAGAAGGACUCUACGUGUCUGAAGAGAAUGCAAAGAUGCACGAGAACUACAUCGAAUGGAGCGACAACUUUCCAAAUAGAGUACUGCGUUGCUACCGCCAUUUCACCCUCGCCCAUCCCAAGUGGUCAGGUAAAAUGUCAGUACAGUCCAAUGACAGCAAUAUUGUGUCGGGGUUUCGGAUGGAGCAUCUAUCUGCAGAUCGGGUAUAUCACGCCGUCAGUGUCAUCAAGACUGAUAACGUCGAAAGGAAAGUCUACUGGUAUGAUUCACCUCCAAAUGCCCCCAAAAUCAAUGCCAUCUUGGAUGAUGAGCCCCUGCCAGGAUUGUGGCCGUGGCCAAAGGAGCUGGGUACUCCAGGAAAGAGUGAAGAGAGCUCUGACGUGGUAGAGACACAAGAUAGGAAGUCGCAAGACAUGGCGAUGGAUUAA